AUGUCUCCAUCAUCAUCAACAAGCCUUGCUAAACAAAUUCUUGUUGAGAAAUUUCAGCACACAUCCAUUGAACAAUUGGUCGGACAUCACAAACAAAUUCUCUCCUUCACCGAAGAUGAAACAAUUUCUCAUGCCAUACAACAACUCAUGAAAUGGGAUGUUCGUUCAGCACCAAUUUAUACACACAAAGAGAAGACCCAAAAAGCUUCAGAAGUUCAGUUUAUUGAUUUCAGUGAUAUUAUUGCUUUCAUGGUAGAUACAUACAGACAAGCAAUUAACGAGAUGAAUCAUAAUACACCAGUUUCACCAAGAAGAAUGACAAUAACAGCUCAAUUGUUGCAAAACCCUCAAGUAGCAAAAGCUAUUUUGGAAACACCUGUUAUUAAAGUUGCCAAUUACUCAAAGAUGGAUGCUCACGGCACACUAACUCUUAAGGCAACAGCAAUGGAUGCCAUCGGGCAAUUCGCUAUGGGAAAUAAGCGUAUUAUAAUUGAGGAUGAACAAGGAAUGAUCAUAAACGUGGUUUCACAUUCCGAUGUCAUCAAGUUGAUGAAAGAUACAAUCGAUGCAAACGAAGGAAAGUUCGACGCCACGUGCCAGGACUUACACUUGGCUCGUGAUUUGAAGUGUUGUGCUGAUGAAAAUAUGCGUACAAUUGAUGUUUUUGUCAUGAUGACAGAACAUAAGGUUAAUUUUGUGCCUAUUGUUAGUGAGGAAAAGCAUCUUGUUAGCGUUUUGAGCUCUAGAGAUAUUCAAAUGGUUUCCGAAGGAGACUUUUCUCUUUUAGAUUUGCCUGUCAUUGACUUUUUAUCUGCUGUACGUCAAAAGAGUGUCAACGAAAAGUAUCCAUAUAUUUAUUGCAAACCAGAUUCAUCUAUGGAACUUAUUGUGAAAAGAUUGAAAGCCACUAGAGUUCACAGACUUAUUGUUCUCGAUAACCAAUUCCCAUCCGGUGUGGUCAGCACAUUCAGCUUGGUAUCGUUUUUAAGCAAGCACAACUAG